AUGGCACCCUUUAGUGGCACCCUUCAGUGGCACCAUCCAGUGGUACUUUUUAGUGGUACCCUUCAGUGGCACCCUCCAGUGGUACCCUCCAGUGGCACCCUUCAGUGGCACCUUUCCAGUGGCACCCUCCAGUGGCACCCUUCAGUGACACCUUCUAGUGGCACCCUCCAGUGGCACCCCUCAGUGACACCCUUCAGUGGCACCCUUCAGUUACAUCCUACAGUGACACCCUUCACUGGUACCCUCCAGUGGCCCCCAUCCAGUGGCACCCUCCAGUGGCCCCCAUCCAGUGGCACCCUCCAGUGGCCCCCAUCCAGUGGCACCCUCCAGUGGCCCCCAUCCAGUGGCACCCUCCAGUGGCCCCCAUCCAGUGGCACCCUCCAGUGGCCCCCAUCCAGUGGCACCCUCCAGUGGCCCCCAUUCAGUGGCACCCUUCAGUGGCCCCCAUCCAGUGGCACCCUCCAGUUCUACCUAUUUUCCAUGAAGGUCCACGAUGUCACAUUUUGGGUUACUAUUUCUUUCUGUGAAGGUUGGCGACCACAUGCUUCUGGGCCACUUGUUAUUCCAGUGACUUGGGUGGCUGCACGCAUCCAUCUCCUUAUAUGUUUUGGAUCACUUAGGAAUUACGUCUGA